UCCGCGUCCCCGGCCCCUAGACGCCUCUUUUCCACUGGUGUCCCUCUCCCUAUGGAUUCAUUUCAGACUGGACAGAUGCUGAGCUUGCCCGCCGAGCUCGGCAGCAACAACUUAGAGCUGGCGGAGCCGGCGGCAUCAGCGGCCCACGGAAAUACGGGCCCCCACCCGGAGGCGGCUGCAGAAGGCCCCGCACCUCUACCGACUCGGCCCCCGGAGCAGGAGCAGCCUCCGAAGGCCUCGACGCCGGAGUGCAAAGUCCUGCUCACGCAGGCCGACGCCCUGGCGUCUGGGGGGCGCCUCCGGGAAGCCCUCGAGGUGUACCGACAGCUCUCCGAGCGGCAGCAGUUGGUGGCCGAGCAGCUGGAGCAGCUGGUGCGCUGCCUGGCCGAGAACGUCCCGCAAGCCGAGGAGCCGGCGCCGGAGCCCCCAGACGGGAGCCGCGCUGGGAGCUGUGCGCUGGCGGCGGAAGAAGCAGGGGCGGUGACAGCCGCCGAGGCCACCGAGGUGUGGGACGGCUUCAAGUGCCGGAAGUGCCAUGGAUUUCUCUCAGACCCCGUGUCCUUGUCCUGUGGCCACACCUUUUGUAAACUGUGCCUGGAACGCGAGCGGGCAGCCGAUCGGCGCUGUGCGCUCUGCGGCGUCAAACUCUCGGCAUUGAUGGUGACCACCGGACGGGCGCGCGGGACCCGGCGGGCUGGGCAGCAGGCGCCGCCGCCGCUGCGGGUCAACGUGGUGCUCAGCGGCCUCCUUGGCAAGUUGUUCCCGGGCCCGGCACGGGCGUCGCAACUCCGGCACGAGGGCAACCGGCUGUACCGCGAGCGCCAGGUGGAGGCGGCCCUGCUGAAGUACAACGAGGCAGUUAGGCUGGCUCCAAAUGACCACUUGCUUUACAGCAACCGGUCUCAAAUUUAUUUCACCUUGGAGUCUCAUGAGGACGCAUUGCAUGAUGCCGAAAUAGCAUGUAAGCUCCGCCCCAUGGGGUUUAAGGCACACUUCAGAAAAGCGCAAGCCUUAGCCACCCUUGGCAAGGUGGAGGAAGCGCUAAGAGAGUUUCUAUAUUGUGUAUCCCUUGAUGGAAGGAACAAAAGAGCAAGAGCUGAAGCCCAAAGGCUUCUCCUUAGUUUCUUUACACCAUCAUUCCCGGGGGCCUCUCAGGAACAUUCUCCCGAUAUACUGAAGCUGUUGGCACCUCACCCUAGAUUAAAGGAACACGUAGAAUCAUUGGCUACUGAAGGCACCAGCCAUAAUCUACCAAAGUUGUCACAGGAAAUGCCCGAGCGCCCACAUUGUUCCAGUCAGGAGGCAGCAGCAGCCAGGGGCCAGGGGGCCAGCCUGAUGAACCUGGUCACAGUGACAGGGGAUGGGCCGCAGGACCACACGGAAGACUCGGUUGGAGCGGAGGAGGAGAAGGGGGUCGCUGCCUCUUCCCAAGCUGCCUCCAGUAAGACUGGCAAAUGCCAGGAGAAGAAAAGGAAGCACUUUCAAAUUGAACCCCAAGACCCAGAGAGGCCUAAGAAAGCGUCUAAGCCAGAUCCUUCCACUGACCCCAGGGCCAGGCCUGCGCUCAGCGUCCCGCUGGCUUCUUUUGACGCCUCUGACCUUGAAUGCUCCCUCUGUAUGAGAUUAUUCUACGAACCAGUCACAACACCCUGUGGGCACACCUUUUGCUUAAAAUGCCUUGAAAGAUGUCUAGAUCACAAUGCGAAGUGUCCACUGUGCAAAGACGGUCUUUCCCAGUGCUUGGCAUCAAGAAAGUACAGCAAAAACGUCAUAAUGGAAGAGCUAAUAGCUAAAUUCCUUCCAGAAGAACUCAAGGAACGAAGGAGACUUUAUGAAGAGGAAAUGGAAGAACUUUCUAACUUAAAUAAGAACGUGCCUAUUUUCGUGUGCACCAUGGCCUACCCCACGGUUCCUUGUCCCCUGCACAUCUUUGAGCCUUGCUACCGUCUGAUGAUCCGUAGAUGCAUUGAGACAGGCACACGACAGUUUGGCAUGUGCCUUGGAGAUCCUGUCAAAGGGUUUGCGGAAUAUGGCUGCAUCCUAGAGAUCAGAAAUGUUCAGUUCUUUGCUGAUGGCCGCUCAGUGGUCGACAGCAUAGGCAAGAGGCGCUUCAGGGUCCUCCAUCAGGGCCAGCGGGAUGGUUACAACACAGCUGACAUCGAAUACAUUGAAGACCAAAAGGUUCAAGGAGAGGAUUAUGCUGAGCUCAUGGGAUUACAUAGCUGUGUCUAUGAGCAAGCGUCAUCAUGGUUCCAUUCCCUCAAAUCAUCUCUGAAGAACCGGAUACUCAAUCAUUUUGGUCCAAUGCCAGAGAAAGAUGCUGAUCCCCAGAUCAACCCAAAUGGCCCGGCCUGGUGCUGGUGGACUUUAGCGGUUCUUCCACUGGAAAGCCGCGCUCAGCUCCCGUUCCUAGCAAUGACAUCCCUGAAGGAUCGGCUGAAUGGUAUUCGGCGAAUCCUGGCCUUUAUAUCCCGAAACCAGAACUAGUGAGUGGAUUGCUGAAAAGGAGCCCCUACGCUCCCCCACCACUGCAGGGGAGUCAUCUUGUAAAUAUAUCUAAUUGCAAUAACAUCUUAGAAGGAAGUAUCAAACAGAAUCACUCUCCUACUAUUGAUCAGAGAGAAAUUAAGUAGAAAGACCAGAAAAAUGUGAUCUGUUUGCAACUUUCUUUCUGAAGAUGCUUCUUGACAUGCUGCACAACUACAUGCACAGCAGAGGUUGUUUAAGAGCCCAGAAGAAAAAAAAAUUUUUUGAUUUUGACAUAAAAUUUUCUCAAAGUUUAAAGUGGUUUUGCUUUAAUUUUUGUCUUUCAUAGAGGAAUGAUUGUGUGGUUGAAAUGUGAUACCCAGUUCCUAAUCAUGUUGCUACAUUAUCUUACUGACUUUUGAGAUCUCAUUCCAAAUGUUUCAGAUUUUAUAUAGCAUUGUGUAAAAUAAUGUUCAUAGUUCUUUCGGUUUUAAUAAUUUAUUUUUUGCACUACAAUAUCUUUUUUUUCCCUACAUGUGUGUUUGUAACUAUUUAAGUAUGCAUUACUGAAAAAUACUGCUUUAUUUAUUGCUGUGGUUUACCAUGUACCUAGGGGGAAGUAACAAUACUAGAAAUGUGUGAUUUUUGCUUUAACAGUUUGUGCUACAUGUGACCCCAGUUCUUGAACCAUUUCAGUAUCUAUCCAAUUGAUGCUUAAAGGAAGUUCAGCAUCAUGCUAAGAUCAUCUAUCUUUACAGAUUCUAUUUUGCUUUCAAUUUGAAUGCAACAGUAGAAAACACUUAUGGGAUUCGGCAUAGGUUAUGGAAUAAGCCAGGGUACAAUAAAAAUAAUCCAUUUGCUAUGGAGGCAGGAUGAAGGAAUUAUUUUUCUGGACUCAAGAGAUGAAUUAGAAGAGUAUAUUUUAUUACAAUCUCUCAUAGGCAUUUAUUUCAGCAAUCUAAUUAUAUCUUAAUUUCUCUCCAAUUCAGUUAGAAUGGGAAGGCAGAAUAUUUAACUCUUCAGAGGUGAUGGUUUUCAGUCUGGCACAUCACAGCCAUGCCCAGCUAGCCUCCAUACCCCGCCUCUUGUCAGUCAGGGUUGUGAGGAUUGUGGCCUGGCUAGCAUGUGUGGAAACACUUGAUGAGGAUGGUUCAUUAUUAAAAGUGUAAAGAAACCAGGAAAAAAAGAUGUAGAACCCUUUUUAAAAAACCCUCAAACUACCUUUUUGGUUUUUAAGUCUUUUCAAAGGAAGCAGACAGUUAAUCAUGAUCUUCCCUCCUUGUUGUGGUGGGCUAAAGAUUUCAACACAGGGGAAGAACAGUGAUAAGAGAGUAAGGGUGAGGUCUUGUUUAGCUUGCUUAGUGCAGUUUGAUUUCUUCAGUGCUACGACAACAUGAAAACAGGAGUGUUAUAACAACCAAGUGAAAAGAUUAGGGCAGGGAAGAAAUGAAUCGUGUUAUUCCUACCUUCACGUAAAUAAUCCCCCCAUGUGACUCUGGACAGCUGCGAUGCGUGACUCAUGUGCAGCCCAUCCACUCUGUUCCCAUGAGAGGUUAUUGCCUCAAGUAAUCAGCCUGACUUUUUCCAUCACCACCUGUGGCUAGAAGCAGAAAAGGGAGAAUGAGUUGAUCCAGGCAACAGAAAAGAGAUUCAUGUAAGCAGAAACCAAAUAACCUCUUCUGCACUUUCUUAAUGAACACUGUGUUGUCAGAACAUUGUGGUCCCAGGUUGGAUGUUUGGAGCCCAGCUGGGCCAGUGAAAAAUGGAAGUGUAGGAGUGGUUACUGCCCAAGCAAACUCUCCCAGGCUCAGGGAGGAGGAAAUGAAAGGCUCCCGCUCCCACUUGGUGCCCAACCAGAUGGUCAGAAUACAGUCCUAGGACAAUAGUUUCCUAUUAUCUAGCAUAAAUGCAGCAAAGAAGAGGGUCAUAAGUGUCUCUGAUUGCUAGAUGUGUUACUUUUGUGAUUUCAGUUUUUCUGAGAACCAGUUUGUCAUCUAGCAAAUGGUAAUGAUAAAUACUUCAUGUAGGGUUGUUAUUAAUACAACAUUAAGUGAGAUAAUAUACAUCACUUAGCAUAGUGCCUAGCACAUAGGAGUCAUUCAACAAGUAACUGCCCUGCUUAGAUUAUUCAUAGUUACAGAAUAUCAUCAGGGGCUACAUUUCCAUAAAACCAUGCCUUUACAUACAAUACCCAUUUCCAAACCCUUUACAAUUGGUUGAGGGAAUCCACACCUCUGAUUUUCAGACCAUAACUUGAUGAUUUACAUGUAAUUCCUUUGGGGGUCAAGUCUGUUUGGGAAAGUGAAAAGACUGGAAAACAAAUGAGGGUUAGAAAUAAGGGAAAAAUCCCAUGCCAGCAAAUUUUCCCUCUUUCAAGAGGACUAAAAAGUAGUGUUGUUUGGAGGUCUAGAAUUUCUGAUAUAAUGGAAGCCUUAAAUUCUAACUCCGUAGAAUAACCAACUCAUCACUUCUUGCUCUCCAAAAUGUAUAAAAUUCCACAUCAUAGGAUAUUUCACAUUUAUGAGUGAGGACCUAACUGUAGCAAUAGAUCUUGGCUAGGCAGAUACGCACUUGCCUCCCAGUACCCUUGAUACACAUUUGGAUUGUUUUAUAGCAAGCUUUUGUUUCAGUAGUGGUGGGAGGCAAGGUGCAAAGCUAAGCCUUGACUUUCUUUGAUAUGUACUUGAAUGGGAUAAUCAAUUGGACAUGACCAUUUCACUGCUUGUGAAUUGAUUUUGCUGCAAAGCUUAGGAAUAAAGAGUAUACACAAUAAAAACAUAAAGUUAAAUCUAGGCCAGAAGGACAAGACUUCCCCCUUGGUAGUCAGUGCCAUUUAUUCAGCUAGUUUAUUGUGAUUGACCUAGCCUUUUCCUAGUAGGUUAUUUUCCCUGUGUGUGUGUGUGUGUGUGUGUGUGUGUGUGUGUAUAAAGAUGUAUAUAGGUGUAUAUAGAUGUGCAUAUAUAUGUGUGUGUGUACUUGUGUAUAUAUAUAUAUUAGGUACCAAGCAGACAUUAUGCCUUUCUGCUUUGUACUGUACUAUUAUUGCUGCUAGCUAAUAACCAGCAAAAUGUAGAAAAUGAAAAAUGAUAAAAACUAAAUUUCUGUAGAUAACUUGGAGAAAAGAGUGCUUGCCCCUUAUUUAGUGGGGUAGAGAAUUGACUAUGUUAACAAUUUGCCUUUUCUGAAGGCCGACUGCAUCUAGUCCACUGCUGCCAUAGCACUCUGGGGCUAGCCAAAUCACUGCGCAUGUGGCGCUUCCAGUUCUGCUUGUGGAGCCGGACUGGGUUCAGAUAGUCCCCUGUGACUGGGUGUUGGAGCGGUGGAGCUCUGAGGCUGGUUCACAGCACCCAGAGGUCUCUCACUGCCAAUAGAUCACAUACUGUUGAUGGACUGGAACCCGUUGGGGACUGUGUUUCCCCUCACCAACUCCUUUUCCAAGAUGGGAGUGUUAUUCAGGGACUCGUUCCUUGAGUUCCCAACAUGUUGACUUUGCAUCCAUUUCUGUUUCCCAAGGCAGAAUCAUAGCAGAGAUGUGCAAUUGAGAUGCAAAUAGAAGGCAUCCCGAAUAAGAGAAAAGGACAGAUUUUCAGCCCAUUCUUGGGCAUGAGGAAUGAGGUUUUGAUUUGAUCAAAGACAGUUCUGAGAAGCAGCCGGCUGCAUGGCCUGCGAUUUGUGGCCUUUCCUGAGUGCAAGAAAGAAGGAAAAGGAGCCAAGUCAAAUGUAUGCAUUUGGUUCCCCUUAGAAUGAUAGCUCCCACUGUUCAACUAUUUUAUAAUCUGGAUUAUGCACAACCAGAGGUGAAAUGAAGACAUUUCCCCUUACAAAUGGGUGUUUUCAAAUGGGCUGUUAACCUUGAGAGAGAAGUGCCUGUAAUUCCUGUUCCUGGUGUCAUUUUAAAGCUUUGCUUUGUGACUGUGUAGCCGUUUAAAACCUUGUUGCAGCAAAUGUGAUUAACAAGUUUACAAAGCAACACUGUAGCUUAUGCUUCAUUUGAAAAGUUGCUUGACAUUUAUCUAUAGUCAAAGCAAUGAUAAUAAACAACAACAAAAUCAAAGGAGAGCAAAUAGUUCAGUGUGGCAUCAUAGGCUUUACCUUAGAUAAACUAGUUCCAUCAUUUUAUGCAGUUCUCGGUAAUGCCAGGAUUAAAAUAUCAAGCAAGCCAUUUAAACAGUGGCAAAUGUGUCUUUGUGUUUGUAAUUCCCAUUGUUUGUUAAGCAGCCAUUUUACUCUUGCAUUGUAAUGACCCAAACGGGGAAUAAAUAUAAUGCUUCUUUUUUUUCUUCCCAUAUUGCUAUUCAACUACCUCUAUAUGCUUGAUGUCUCUUUAGGGUCUUCUUUCCUCAAAAUAUACAAAUGAAGUUUCAGCUCAUCUAUGUUGUAAUAACAAUGUGAUAUAGACAGUCUCUGUGAAAGCUUGUUGUUCAUUUAAAAAUGUUUCCUAUUGUCUCACGUUGUAUCUAACACAACUCUACCCAUACUGUAGGGCAAGAAUUGCCCAAAUAACUUCAGUAUCUUUUUGUCAGAAGCUGAAUUGAAAGCAAUCAGAACAUCUAUUUUGUUCUUGUUUCUAUUGGUUGUAAUACAUUUGACUGGAAGAUGUUUCAAGGAAAUAGACCUUAUGUAUGUGACAGCGAGGCAGGUGUGAACUGAUUAAACUAAUUGUUUAAAAAUGCA